AGGAGAUUCACAUACGAUGGCUGAGCGCCACAGACGUCGAGUUUUGGCCGCCGACAGAAGCCCGUCAGAGGAGACAGCCAAUGUUCAGAGGGGAGCAACAGCCGACACGGUUCUCGUGAAGCUGUUAGCCGCUGCUUUUUACGGAGUCAGCUCGUUUCUCAUCGUUGUCGUCAACAAAAGUGUUCUUACUAAUUACAGAUUUCCAUCAUCAACAUGCGUUGGAAUUGGCCAGAUGCUGGCCACGAUAGUGGUCCUGAGGAUGGGGAAGAUGCUGGGCAUCAUCUCAUUUCCAGACAUGGAUCUAAGUAUACCUCGCAAGAUGUUCCCUCUACCUCUGUUGUAUGUUGGGAAUCAAAUAUCGGGACUCUUUGGAACACAGCGACUCAACUUACCCAUGUUUACAGUCCUGAGGAGGUUCAGUAUUUUUCUCACCAUGGUGUUUGAAAGUGUUCUUCUGAAAAAGACUUUCUCUGCAACUGUGAAGAUGACUGUGUUCACCAUGAUCAUUGGAGCUUUGAUUGCUGCCAGUGCUGACUUAGCGUUUGAUCUCGAAGGAUACACAUUUAUUAUGCUGAACAAUAUUCUCACAGCAGCCAGUGGGGCUUACAUGAAGCAAAAACUAGAUUCCAAGGAGCUAGGAAAGUACGGCCUUCUGUAUUACAAUGCUUUGAUCAUGAUUUUUCCAACCUUGGCCUACGCCUACUCUUCAGGGGAUUUGCAGAUGGGUCUGGACUACAGCGGCUGGUCUGAUCUCCUGUUCGUUGUGCAGUUUGUUCUCUCCUGUGUCAUGGGCUUCAUUUUAAUGUACUCCAUACUGCUGUGCACGCAAUGCAACUCAGCCCUCACUACCUCCAUCAUAGGCUGCAUCAAGAACAUCCUGGUCACAUACAUCGGGAUGGUGUUCGGCGGCGACUAUAUAUUCACUUGGACAAACUUCAUAGGUUUGAACAUCAGCAUCGCUGGGAGUUUGGUGUACUCCUACAUCACCUUCACACAGGAGCAAAAAAAAAAGGAGUAAAGCAGAGGCUGAAGGCAGGCGCUGCUCACAUGAUGGGGAGAACACU